AUGACACAGACCAAUGCCUUUCUCCUGAACUUAUCUCCCACCGAGGAGCAUUUCUUGAAGAAGUUCUUGAUGGAAAAGCGGUUGGAAACUGAACUCAAGCUAUUGGCCAGGCCUGAUUGCUUACAAUUAUUUGGAACUCCAUUUGACUCCAAAACCACCGAUGCUGACACCGAUUCAUUCCCAUUAUCGAGAUACUUCUUCAACAAUUACAUUAACAGCUUCCCAUUCAUUACCAACAAUACCAAGAAAGAUCAAGAAAAGUUUUGGAAACAUACGGUUCAGCCGUUUGUGGAGAGUGUGAAUCAAAAACAGCUUUCCAACUCCAAUGAUAGGAAAGAACACACAACAAAGAGGAAACAAAUCAAUACCAAGUUUGUGAGCGGAUUGGCACUAUUCUACAACUCCGUGCUCGUCACCCCCAAGGACAUGGAGUACUUGGAAAGUGAACAUUUGGCUCCUAGCGAUGUCGGUAAGCUAGAUAAGAUAAGAGCACAUAAAACACCCAUGCUCCAAGAUUUGCACCAGAAACUCAAUUUCUCCAAUGGAUUGAAUAUAAACAUAGUAAGCGUUGACAAGGUGCAUGUGGAGACCACUACGACCUGGUUUGGCCUUUCUACAAAGUCUACACACCAUUAUGAAUUUGUUAUCCAAGUCACAGAGCAGGACUCUGGAGAUCAACACUAUGUUUCAAGGCCGUACCAUGAAUUCAAGCACUUGGAGAAAACCCUCCUCAAGAAAUUCCCGGGAAUCAUGAACAUUGAAACUAGUAAACUCCCAGAAAAAUUCAAAAACGAUGCCAAUACGUUGAUAAAGGAGAAAUUAAGAAUAUCUCUAAGAGGAUAUUUGACCCUGCUACUUCAGUUUCCUGAAAUAGUUAGCAGUGAGGAGUUUCAGUACUUCAUUAAUGAACACAAUUUCCAUACGUUGAACGAUGAACAGAAGGCAGAUUAUGAAAAGAGACAUAAACAUGAAAAACAUCUAUUGAUGACGCAACUCGAAUUUCAGAAGGAAGUCAGCAAGCUCAUGAUAGAUUUCAGUAAGCAGUUUGAUGAUUUUAAGAUCCAGCUAAUCAAAGAACCGGAUACGUUGGUCAAUAUAUUCAAAGAAAUCGGUGCCAAUAAGGAAAUGACAAACCUAUCUCCUCUUCUCAAGAUAUUUAUUGAUUGGUGUAAGAUUGAAAUCAGUGCCACUGUCUUCCAAAUCUUCUUGACUCAAGACAAUUCCAACGAAUUGUUGCAUAAUGUCAAAAAGUUCCAUCGAUUAUUCCCGUAUGGGAUAAUGUACAAUAUUUUGCGGUUCACGAACCCAAUGAGUAUUAUAAGCAGGGUCAUAAGUCUUCUUUUGAUCAAUAUUCCCGGUACAAACAACAAGAAUUUGUUGUCAUGCCUCUUUAUCAUGUUGCUAGAUGAAGACUUGAAUGGGUACGAAGUUGAAGUCAAUAAUGUCAAGCUCAAGUUGAAAGAGUAUCCUAACUUCAUUGCUGCAAUUGAAGCAAACAUUGAUAACAAACUCAAUGAAGCACACCUCGAUAUCGAGGAGGCCAUUGAAGACAUCAUUGGUUCUAUUGAGGAGGUUAACAAACAAGAGGCCAUGGCAAAAACCAAACUACGUGAUUCAGAUGAUCUUUUCAACAACUUGAAGCAGCUAUAUCAGAUUAAAGUGAGACAAAAUGACAAGCUCAUCUUGAAGUCAUUGUGGGAAGAACCUGAGCUCACCAGGCUUAUCAAGAACUUUCUCAUUAUCUUCUACCAUCCAUUAAUCGAACUUCUAAGCAAAAGUAAGAUGCACAUCUUCUUCAAGGACCUUCAAGGAUUUAACGAUGAGUUGAUCAAUUUACUUGUCCGGAUCAACGAAGAAGAAAUAUACUACCUUAGCUCGGUUGAAGUCUUCAACAGGCUUAUGAAGCUAAUGGAUGAUCAUAUUGGGAUCUUUUGGAAGUUCGUGCAUAACAUGUACAACAACGAUGACAGCCAUUUGUUCUUGAAGUUGAUCCAGUGGAUUGAAAAUUUCCUUCUCAAACUCCGCUUGAAGUAUGCUGAUAUCGAUAAAGUCACUUUGGAUCUCCAUCUCAAGGAUCAGGAACUAGAUGAAGAACAAUUCUUCAAGCAGCUACACGAAAGAAUGGACAAGAUCCUCCUCAAGAGGAAACUAUUCAAAGAGCACUAUCAACAAACGGUGGCCCAGAGAGAAAAGCACGGAAACUCGAUUGAAAACAACUGGGACCAGCUACACGAAGCGUUCAACGAGUACGAUACGAACUUUGGGCUCGACAUCGACGAGCUUGAAGAGCUCAACUUUGACAUAUCUGAAAACACCGAUAUUGAGUUUCUGAAAAAAAUUUCUCAGCUUCAAACCUUCGAGUAUUCCACUAGCGAGCUCGACAAAUUCGAUCCUCAUAUGGUGAAGGAACUCAACAGAGUUUUGCAGGGCAUAUAA